AUGACUGGAAGCACAGCACCUAUAAAGAUUACAACUAAAGAAAUCGCUCAAGAUUUUUUGAAUCAGUAUGACACUUUUCUAUUCGAUUGUGAUGGUGUCUUAUGGCUCGGGAAGCACCUUUUACCUCUCAUUACAGAAACUUUGGAUCUGUUGACUUCUUUGGGUAAAACGCUGUAUUUUGUUACCAACAACUCUACCAAAUCAAGGGCGGCUUACACCAAGAAAUUCGCAUCAUUUGGAAUUACUGUCAAGGAAGACCAAAUUUUCACGUCUGGAUAUGCUUCUGCGCUUCAUGUGCGUGAUUCUUUGAAGCUUACUCCCGGUGAGGACAAAAUCUGGGUUUUUGGUGAGAGUGGUAUAACGGAGGAAUUGGCUUUGAUGGGUUACGAAUCACUUGGAUGUGACGAUCCAAGACUCGACGAACCCUUUGACAUCGCCACUUCACCAUUUAUCAUCAAUGGUCUGGACCCCAAAGUGAAGUGUGUUAUUGCUGGGCUGGAUACCAAGGUCAACUAUCAUCGUUUGGCUAUAACGUUGCAAUAUUUGCAACAACCAAGCGUUGAGUUUGUUGCUACGAACAUUGACUCUACCUUCCCCAAUAAGGGAUAUAUUCUACCUGGAGCAGGAUCUAUGAUCGAGUCAGUAGCUUACGCUUCUGGCAGAACUCCGGCUGCCUGCGGUAAACCAAAUCCCAACAUGCUGAAUGCCAUUGUCAAGGCCAAGAACUUGGACAGAUCCAAAUGUUGUAUGGUCGGAGAUAGAUUGAACACGGAUAUUAGAUUCGGUGUUGAAGGUCAAUUGGGCACGCUUUUGGUCCUUACCGGUAUAGAGACCGAGGAGAGAGUUCUUAAUACUGCUGGCGAUCACCCACGUCCCAAAUAUUUUGCUGAAAAGUUGGGUGACCUUUAUGAACUUACGAACUGA